GUGCAUACGAUGUUGCUGGGGAAUUUGAAAUUCCUCUGUCCGACUGCGACGACGAGACAUGCCAGUUCACUGAAUAGAGUACACAGUUGGGCCUUGAAGUUCGAAUCAUACUGUUCAUUUUCCUGCUUAUUGAUUUAUUAACACAUUUUUCUUAUCAAUUCCUAAGAUUUUCAGCAAACCCAAAAGGAGUUUAGGAGAAUGGAGAAAUUGUUAAUUAGUGUUGCGUUAUUGUGUUGGAGUGGUGCGUGUGUAUGCACUGUAUGGAGCGCACCCACUCAGUGCGACGAAAGCACCCUGACCACAUGCUUGGAACCCGCUCUGGCCUUCAUGAAAUCCGACGAAGGGGUGAUCUCUCCAAGCUCAUGAAUGGACUGGAUAUUAAUGAUACGCGAUUAGUUGAUGGAUUAUGCCUGUUGGCUCCCUCCAUCGGCAAAUGCAUCAACGAAUUCGGCGAUCGCUGCCAGUGGAGCGAUAUGGAUGAUCUGCAUGAGUUCAUGGACGUCACGCUGAGUUUGACGGAGAUUUGCAAACUGCCGACGGUGAAGUCUAUGUCCCAUCAGGCCUACGAAUGCCUGAAGGCGAUGAGUUCACCCAGCAGCAAGUUCAAGACCUGUGCCACAGAUCUGGGCACGUUCAUCGGCAAUGCCAUGUCCAAUGCCGCCGUCAUCGUCAACACUUUGGUGGCCCACAAUGUUAGCAUCUUGAAGGCUGUCAAGAGCGCCUCCGUAGUGACGAAAACGUGCUGCGGUUUGGACAUGUUCCGCGACUGUAUGGGAUUCGACGGACAGGCCGAAUGCAGUAUUGAAGGUGCGAUGAUCAACUCACAGCUGUUCGAAGCCAUCUUCACCGCUUACAAAUGCGAGGAGAAACUGGACCAAUGCGACGAUCCGGCUCAUAAGAAGUUCCGCGAAAUUUUCACCAUACCGAAAUACAGUGCUGAUUCAGAUAGUGUUGGUAGUGUUGAUACGAUUAUUUCGGGUUAAUGUCGACAAUUCAACGCUUACGAUUAUGUAUGCCUACAGUUAGUACUAUUUCUCAUGUACUUUCAUUUCUUUACGAUAUCAGUUUUUCACUACGCGUCCCGUUUUGUUGAAUAUUCUUUCGGUUUUUUAAUUCAUCUUUUUUUUUACUUCUUCUAUUUACAGACAUUGUUCGUCAAUGCAGUUUUUGAAUAGAUUAUUGUCCGUAAUUUUGGCAUCUCUUAUCUAUGAUAACCUCUCAUUUUUCUCAAUA